AUGAUCAAUCAGGGAACCAGUCGACCGGCCGGAUGCAGUAGUCUACCAGAUGAUGGAUCUAUUAAGUACACAGGGACUCCCUGGGAUCCAGAAGCUAUGGAAGAGUCGGUUACUGGUCGUCCUAUUGUUCUUGUUCCUCUUGAGGAAGCACUGAAGAACUUACCUCCUUACGUAACAGCUAAUCGGCCGUGGCCCGGCACAGCUGCCAUAUGCAGUGACUUCACACGCGCCAGCGGAGGAGGAGGAAUUUCGGUCGAAGAGGCUUUGCAAUUUAUGACUCACACACUGUAUUCUCGCGAAGAGGUGGGUCUGAUCGCGGGGUGGGAUGACACGAUAGACGGUCCUGUAUUGUACCGGAUGGACGGUAUGCAGGGAGUGAUCAAAGGAGAGAUAUUAGCUACCGGAUUAGGGUUUAGACGGCUUUAUGGUUUGUUGGACUUGCGGAGUUUGAUAGGUUCGAGAAAACAUUUUCCAGGUAAUUCGCCGUCUUGGCUGGACAACGUCCUUGACGACCUGUCUCAGUAUGAAAAGUAUAGGGCUUGGUCUGUUUGGGGUGUUGAUGAAGCCACAAAGAUGGCCAUGAAAGCCAUAUCCUACAAAUGCCACUAG